ACAACAAUGAAAAAUUUUAAAUUAUGUUAUUUUGCAGUAAUUUUUAUAUAUCUUCCAGGAUAUUUAAUCCAGGCAAACGAGUUUAAAAUUGAACAAAUUCAACCUGUAAUAGAUGGUGAUUUUAUUUUAUUAUUAAAUAAAAUUGAAAGUAUAGUUAGCUCAAAAAUAAAACCAGAUGAGAGUCCAAUAUAUUUUAAUGAAAUUGAAAUAACUUAUUUAAAAGAAUCUUAUACGAAUUCUAAAAUAAGGGUAAAAGCUUUCAAUAAGUAUAACGACCGAAUAAUCUCGCUUCAAUGUGUUAAUACUUUAAUUUGGAAGUCGAUAUCAUACGAUUUUCAAUUUCUAAUGCCAGAUAAUGGAAUAUUAAUUGCUCAAAAAAAAGCUGUGAUAAAAUCUUAUAAGAGAUACAUGAGACGUAUGUUAUCAUUAUUAUAUUUUGGUCGUAUUAAGCCUUAUAAAUGGAUAAUUAAAAUGUAUCUAAAACUGUUAGCUAUUUUAGAAAAAUGCAAUAAUGAACGAUUAUUAGAAGUAAAAUUCUUUUUCCAUGAAACAAGUAUCGAAAACGAUGUCUCAGAUUUUUAUUUCAAAUGUGAAAAAUAUAACUACAUUCCUAAACGAUUAAGAAAUUUAGAAGAGGGCUCUUUUUACAAGCUUUAUAUUGUUGAUGAUUUAAUGAAACAAUUGUACGAUAACACACAAAAUAUGAUUGACGCUUACAAGUAUGAACACUUGUUUGCAAUUGAUAAUAUAUCGUUAAUUGCGUUAUUGAAUGAUUACAAUGUUAUAUUUGAAUGGAACAUUGGCAUGAGCUUCGAUUGGACCAAAACUAAAACUGAAUGUAAUGUUUAUGAAAAUAAAAUCCAUAAUCUGUACAAUAACAAUAAAUGGCUUGAAAAUCCAAUUAGCAUUGCGUCUUUCCAUCUUUUGUUUCAAAAGGUUGUGUACACACAAGUAUUGCAGUUUGUCGUGUUUCACUUACAAUCAUUUUCUAUUUCUUGGGUUUCUGGAUGCUGUAUUAAUUGUUUAACAUUCUCAUCUAAAAAGACAGAUGAUAUUAAAACACAAUGGAAAUCAUUAAUAGAACCAUUGAAGAAUGCUAUGCAAUUAUUACAUGCUGAAGACAGUUUAUUCAGUUCCAUUUUGGAAUUUGUAGAAAAUAAAUUACCAUGGUCAAAUAAUUUAAGCAGAAUUAUUUUUAAUGCCCUUAGAGUAUUGAUAUAUUGUUUAAAACAACUUCAUGUACCUUUAAAGCCGAAGCCAAUAUAUAUUAUGAUGAGUUGUGAAAAAAAAAAAGACAUAAAUUUUAAUACAAUUUUAGGAAAUAUUAAUGCAUUCAAUAGUUGUAUUCAGACGAUUAGAGAUUUAUUGAAACCAGUUGAAAGUUUAUACACUAUUAAGUUUUUCUGGAGUGACAUAUUAUUAGCCGAAAAUAAUCAAUUCUUUCCUAUAAUAAAAACUUACGAUUGAUUUAUUAUAAAUGUAUUUGAAUAGUAAAAUUAUUUAAUAAUAUGUUGUUAUUUCUAACAUAAUGGUUUAAUAUAUGAAAUUUUAGUUUCGAUGCGUAGUUUAUAAGCUAUUGGUUUUACUCUGUUUUAUUUUUAUGUCACUACUUUAUUACUCCACCCCUACUAAACUGAUUUUUCUUAACAAUACGCCAAAGUAUACCUAAUUGAAUUUAUCAGUGCCAUAAUUUUAAAAAACUCCUCUCAAACCUGAUGAUAUACAGAGUAUUCAAUAAGUUAGGAAACGCCGAUUUAUUAGAGCCGCUAUUAAUUUUUUUUUUUUUUAGAAACUAAUUGAAUAAUUAAAUGCAUCUUUUAGGAUUAAAAUUAAACUUCAAUCCUAAUGCAAAAGGGUAGAAAUCUUCCCUAACUUAAGAAAUUUAAAUGGCAACCAUUACUUUUUUUUAAAUUUUCGGUUAUGUAAUUUUAUUUAAAUCAAAAAUACUUAAAAUUAGACAUGUCAUUUUUGAGAUUUUGUUGUUUAAAAGCAUCAACUUUGAAUUUGGAAGCACAUUUUGCCACAGUAAAAAAUAAUCAAUGAGUAAUUCCGUAGACACAAUAAUCAUAAAUUGUCUGAUUAUUGUUGCUUCGUUUUUCUUAAUGAUCGUAUUUGAGCAUG